CUCCACUUCUUCAUAAAGAAUGAAUCAUCACAUCACAAACUAACAGAAACAUGAAUGAAUCUUGACUUGACCAUAACAUUCUUUUUUUAUAAAAAAAAAUCCCAAAACAAUGCAAUCAAAAUUCCUAAAACCCAAACCCCCUCCACCAUUCCAACCAAUCUCACAGCACCGGUAUCAGCCUCUCCGUACAGUUGUUUCUUGUGCAAAGAACUCAUCAUCAUCAUCAGAGAACAAAAAUGGGUUCAAGAUUCUCCGUAAAUCUUUGGAUGAUUAUAGGAUAAGGCUAAAUGAUUUGGAUAGCAGCAGUUUUUUUAAAGACAAGAUAAACAUGUGGGUAUCAAAGACUACAAACUUUGUGAAUGAUUUGACUUCUCCACUAGUAAAAAAUGUUCAAGAUAACAAUCCCACAAUCAGAAAUGCAUAUGAAAUUGAUGACAUGGAGGAACUCUUAAUGACCGAGCACACUAUCGACACAAGAACACCGAUGGGAAAUCUUUCUUUAGCCGCCAUUAUCUCCAUUGAGCAGUUUAGUAGGAUGAAUGGAUUGACCGGGAAGAAAAUGCAGAUGACGUUUGAAGCUCUUGUCCCUGAAAAUGUGUCUGAUAAUGCCCGUAAUCUGGUGGAGUAUUGCUGCUUUAGGUUUCUGUGCAGAGAUAAUUCUGAAAUCCAUCCUUGCCUUAAGGAUCAAGCCUUUCAAAGACUGAUAUUUGUAACUAUGCUUGCAUGGGAGCAUCCUUACACCUACAGGAAAGAUUCUUUGGGUAACAUCACAGAUAAAGCUUCAUUUCAGAGGAAGGUGGUAGGAGAAGAGGCGUUUGUUCGCAUUGCUCCUCAUAUUUCUGGGCUAGCUGAUUGGUCAACGGCCCAUAACCUUUUCAAAGCUCUAGCUGGUGCUCAGAACGGAAUCUCCUUCCAUGUGUGGUCAACAUAUAUUCAUCAACUUCUCAAAGUUUAUGAAGGGCAGAAAUCAAACGUUUUUGAGGAGAGUCCUAUUAUUUCUUCUGGUGAGAGAAUCUUAUGCCUCGGUUCAAGCAGAAAAAGACCUGUUCUUAAGUGGGAGAAUAACAUGGCAUGGCCCGGAAACCUAACUUUGACCGACAAAGCACUUUACUUUCAAGAAAUUGGCUUGAGGGGCCAACGAGAUGCGAUUAGACUGGAUCUUACCGGCACAGGUUCACGGGUAGAGAAAGCUAGAGUUGGACCAUUGGGUUUUGAUCUUUUCGACUCAGCCGUUUCUAUAUCUUCUGGUCCAGACUCUGAAAAAUGGAUACUUGAAUUUGUUGAUUUUGGAGGUGAAAUGAGACGAGACGUAUGGUACGCGUUCAUAAAAGAAGUCAUAUCCGUACACCAAUUUAUACAAGAUUUCGGACCCAAGGAAAACGACCAAUUAGUAUACAACAUUUACGGUACUAAAAAGGGUAAACAAAAGGCAAUAGCUUGUGCUAUUAAUAGCAUUGCAAGGCUUCAAGCUCUACAUUUCGUCAGAAAACUACUAGACGAGCCUACAAAACUUGUUCAGCUCUCGUAUUUACAAAACGCACCUUACGGUGACAUCGUUCGCCAAACGUUGGCGGUCAAUUUUUGGGGUGGACCAUUGACCACAAGAUUGAAGCAAGUCAACUCUGAAGCAUCAGAAGUUUACAAUAAUCAUGUGUAUGACAUUGAUGGAAGUGUGUAUUUAAGGAGGUGGAUGAGACAUUCAUCGUGGAACUCUAACGAUUCUAUCGCGUUUUGGAAGAACGCGUUGGUGAGACAAGAUCUUGUGUUGAGUAAAAACCAUGUUGUUGGAGAUAAGAAUUUGGUUGAAAAGGCGGCGAUUGUUUGCAAGGAUAAAUAUAAGGUGGUUGAAAGUACACAAGCCACCAUUGAUGCCGCCAUGAUCGAAGGGAUUCCGAGUAAUAUCGACCUUUUUAAGGAGCUUGUUCUUCCGUUGACUGUGGCUGCCAAGAGCUUUGAGAAACUUAGAAGAUGGGAAGAACCGCACCUGACCGCAUCUUUUCUUGCAUUUAUUUAUGCAGUCAUCUUCAGAAAUUUGCUAUCGUACGUGUUCCCUACAGCGUUAAUGGCGUCAGCAGCGUUCAUGUUGGUAGUUAAAGGGUUGAGGGAACAGGGUCGGCUAGGAAGACAUUUUGGUAAAGUUACCAUACAUGAUCAACCACCAUCAAAUACGAUUGAGAAGAUUAUAGCUGUGAAAGAAGCCAUGCGUGAUUUAGAGAAGUAUAUGCAGACCGUUAACGUUUCCCUUCUAAAAAUCCGUACAAUUCUUCUUGCAGGCCAACCACAGAUAACAACCGAAGUGGCUAUGGUGCUCUUGUUUGGCUCUGCUGUUCUCCUCAUCAUCCCUUUCAAGUAUAUUCUUUCUUUUUUUAUAUUCGAUCUAUUCACACGAGAACUCGAGUUCAGGAAGGAAACAGUUAAGAAGUUCAAGAGGUUCUUAAGAGCGCGUUGGGACACUGUGCCCGCUACCCCUGUUUCUGUCAUGCCAUUCAAGCCUGACACGUUGAAUCGAAACAACUUGCUAAAUAUAGAAAGAACUCGAAGAAAACAAUAGGUUUACUUCUUUUUCCUGUGUUAUAUUGAUGAAAUCAUUUGAACAUUCUUAAGGGUACUUUGUACAGAGUU